AUGGAUAUUGACACACGCUCCCCUACUCCUUCUGCAGCCAUUGACGAGUCUUUAUACUCUCGUCAACUCUAUGUCUUGGGUAAGGACGCGAUGUUGAAGAUGGCCUCCUCAAAUGUUCUUAUUAUUGGUUUGAAAGGCCUUGGUCUAGAAAUUGCUAAGAACGUGGCACUUGCCGGUGUCAAGUCUUUAUCUUUGUAUGAUCCUGCUCCAGUGGAAUUACAAGACCUUUCAUCCCAAUUCUUCUUAUCUGAGCACGAUAUCGGUAAGGAGAGAGCUUCUGCCACAUUACCUAAACUGGCAGAAUUGAACCAAUACGUCCCGAUUGAUGUCGUCAAAGACCUCACCCCAGAAUUAAUAAAAGGUUACUCUGUUGUUGUUGCAACUGAUCUACCACUCUCGAAACAGUUAGAAUUAAAUGAAUUAACUCAUGCCAACAAUAUCAAAUUUAUCUCUGCCGAUGUCAGAGGUUUAUUUGCACAAGCCUUUGUUGAUUUCGGUGAAAAAUUUACAAUCUAUGACCAAACCGGUGAAGAAUGUAAAACUGGUAUUGUUUCAGAUAUUGAAAAGGACGGUACUGUUACUAUGUUAGACGAUAAUAGACAUGGGUUAGAAGAUGGAAAUUACGUCAAAUUUACAGAGGUUAAAGGUAUAGAGGCCAUCAACUCCACUCCUGAAAAUGAAAAAGUUUUCAAGAUAAAAGUCUUAGGUCCGUUUGCCUUCCAACUAGAAGACUUUGAUCCUUCCUGGGGUACAUAUGAAAAAGGUGGAUUGUACACCCAAGUUAAAUUACCAAUCACUGAGUCUUACCAAGAUUUGAAGACACAAUUGGCAAAACCAGAUCUGUUGACUCCAGAUUUUGCUAAAUUUGAUAGACCUAUUCAACUACAUCUUGCCUUCCAAGCUCUACAUCAGUUCAGAGCUGACCACAAUGAUGAACUUCCAAGACCUCAAAAUGAGGAAGAUGCUCUUAAGAUUGUGAAGUUAACUAAAUCAUUGGUAUCCAAAUUUCCAGAUUAUUUUGAAUCUGAAGAUGAUUUGAAUGUCGAUUUGAUUAAGCAGUUUUCCUAUGGUGCAAGGGGUGACUUGCCGGGAAUGGUAGCAUUUUACGGUGGCUUGCUUGCACAAGAAGUUCUAAAGGCAUGUUCCGGAAAGUUUGUUCCAAUCAAGCAAUGGCUGUAUUUUGAUUCUUUGGAGUCACUUCCAGAAUCUGAAGAGUAUCCAAGAACUGAAGAAACUUGCAAGCCGAUCAACUCAAGAUAUGACAACCAAAUUGCAGUUUUUGGUUUGGAAUUUCAGAAGAAGAUUGCAAACUUGAAGAUAUUUCUUGUCGGUUCCGGUGCAAUUGGCUGUGAAAUGCUGAAGAACUGGGCAAUGAUGGGUAUUGCGACAGGUCCAGACGGUAAGAUCUUCAUUACGGAUAAUGAUACUAUUGAAAAAUCCAAUUUGAACAGACAAUUCUUGUUCAGAGCCAAAGAUGUGGGAAAAAAUAAAUCAGAAGUAUCUUCAGCUGCGGUUAUUGCAAUGAAUCCAGAAUUGGCAGGUAAAAUUGAUGCUAGAAUCGAUAAAGUUGCAGAGGAUACAGAACAUAUUUUCAAUAACGCAUUUUGGGAGAACCUUGAUAUUGUUACCAAUGCCCUUGAUAAUGUUGAAGCAAGAACUUAUGUUGAUAGAAGAUGCGUCUUCUUUAAGAAACCGUUACUAGAAUCAGGUACCCUAGGUACUAAGGGUAAUACACAAGUUGUCAUUCCAAACUUAACCGAAUCAUACUCUUCAUCAAGAGAUCCUCCAGAGAAGUCUAUUCCAUUAUGUACUCUAAGAUCUUUCCCAAAUAAAAUAGACCAUACUAUUGCAUGGGCAAAGUCUUUAUUUCAAGGUUAUUUUCACGAUGCUCCAGAGAAUGUCAACUUAUACUUGACACAACCAAACUUUGUAGAAUCAGUUCUAAAACAAAGCGGCGAUGUCAAGAGCAUUCUUGAGUCCAUUAGUCAAUAUCUAACUACUGACAAACCACUAAACUUUGAAGAUUGUAUCAAGUGGGCAAGAUUACAAUUUGAGGAAAAGUUUGCCAACGAAAUUAAGCAAUUAUUGUAUAACUUUCCUAAGGAUGCCGUAACGUCCAAGGGUGAACCAUUUUGGACAUCACCAAAGAGAGCUCCAACUCCUUUAGAGUUUGACAUCGAUAACCAGAACCACUUUGAUUUCUUAGUUGGUGGUGCCAACUUAUUGGCUAAUGUUUAUGGGUUAAAAGGUGAUAUUGGCUCACCAGACAAAUCAUAUUAUGCCAAAGUUUUGAGCUCCAUUGAAAUUCCAGAAUGGUCUCCAAAGACAGAUUUGAAGAUUCAAGUCAAUGAUAGUGAUCCAGAUCCAAAUGCUGAGGUUGUCACCGACAACUCAGUAAUUGAAAAAUUAUCUUCAAGUUUACCAGCCCCAUCAUCAUUAGCUGGCUACAGGUUAACAGCCGUUGAGUUUGAGAAGGAUGAUGAUAGCAAUCAUCAUAUUGAAUUUAUCAAUGCGGCUUCCAAUUGCCGUGCUGAGAAUUACGAGAUUGAGCCUGUUGAUAAAUCAAGAACAAAGUUUAUUGCAGGUAGAAUUAUACCUGCUAUCGCAACAACAACCGCGUUAGUUACUGGUUUGGUGUGCUUAGAGCUUUACAAGGUGGUUGAUAAAAAGACUGAUAUUGAGAAAUACAAGAAUGGUUUUGUAAAUUUGGCACUACCAUUCUUUGCAUUCUCUGAGCCAAUUGCAAGUCCAAAGGGUAAAUAUGGAGAGAAGACUUAUGAUAAGAUCUGGGAUAGAUUUGACUUGUACGGUGACAUGUCAUUGCAGGAGUUGAUUGAUUAUUUCCAAAAGAAUGAAGGCUUAGAGUUAUCCAUGAUGUCUUAUGGUGUUUCUCUUCUCUUUGCUUCUUUCUAUGUUGCUAAGAUGAAACCAAGAUAUUCAAUGAAAAUCACUGAAAUUAUCGAAUUGGUUACCAAGAAGCCAUUGCCUGAUCAUGAAAAGACACUGAUACUAGAAGUUUGUUUGGAAGAUGAGAAUGGAGAAGAGCCUGAAGUUCCAUAUGCUGUGCUUCACUUGUGA